CGCGCGCGCCGCCGAGGCUCCGCGCGCCGUCGCGCCGGCCGGGCGUCCCUGUGCAGCCUCUGCCGCCGAUGGGGGAGGUGGAGCCGGGGCCCGCGGGCCCGCUCGAGCCCCCGGAGCCGCCCGAAGCGACCGCGAGCCGCCGGCCGGGCGGGAUUCGGGUCCUGAAGAGAAAUAUGAAACGCAAUGGGAGCAGAAAUUGUUUGAAUAGGAGAAGUAGGUUUGGUUCUCGAGAAAGAGACUGGCUGAGAGAAGAUGUGAAGAGAGGCUGUGUUUACCUUUAUGGAGCAGACACGACCACUGCCACUACAACUGCCACCUCCUCUGCCUCCUCCUCCUCCGCCUCCUCCUCAUCCUCCGACUUACAUCUUGUCCUUUGCACAGUAGAGACUCCAGCAUCAGAAAUAUGUGCUGGAGAGGGAAGGGAAAGUCUUUAUUUACAGCUGCAUGGAGACCUGGUCAGCAGGAGACUGGAACCCACCGAACGACCUCUUCAGAUAGUUUAUGAUUACUUAUCCAGGCUGGGCUAUGACGACCCUGUGCGCAUACAGGAGGAGGCAGCAAAUCCUGACCUCGGCUGCAUGCUUCGCUUUUAUGGUGAGAAACCAUGCCAGAUGGAUCAACUGGAUCGAAUCCUUCUCUCUGGCAUCUAUAAUGUACGCAAGGGGAAAACCCAGCUGCAUAAGUGGGCUGAACGCCUAGUUGUUCUCUGUGGCACCUGCCUCAUCGUUUCCUCAGUGAAGGACUGUCAAACUGGAAAGAUGCACAUUUUGCCUCUCGUUGGGGGAAAGGUAGAAGAAGUGAAGCGAAGGCAGUACUCCCUUGCAUUCAGCUCAGCUGGAGCCCAGGCUCAGACCUAUCAUGUCAGCUUUGAGACUUUGGCUGAGUACCAGAGAUGGCAACGGCAAGCAUCCAAGGUGGUGUCCCAGCGAAUUAGUACUGUCGACCUCUCAUGUUACAGCCUCGAGGAGGUUCCUGAGCAUCUCUUCUACAGUCAAGAUAUCACCUACCUCAACUUGCGACAUAACUUCAUGCAACUAGAAAGGCCAGGGGGCCUUGACACUCUUUACAAAUUUUCUCAUCUGAAGGGCCUGAACUUGUCCCAUAACAAACUUGGGUUGUUUCCUGUAUUGUUAUGUGAGAUUUCUACACUGACUGAGCUAAAUCUUUCCUGUAAUGGAUUUCACGACCUGCCAAGUCAGAUUGGCAAUCUCCUAAAUCUUCAAACUCUCUGUCUUGAUGGCAACUUUCUGACUACUUUGCCUGAAGAAUUGGGAAAUCUGCAACAGCUUUCCUCCCUUGGAAUUUCCUUCAACAACUUCAGUCACAUUCCCGAGGUGUAUGAGAGACUCACCGUGUUAGACAAAGUGGUUAUGGCAGGAAAUCGACUGGAAGUCCUAAACCUAGGGGUGCUGAGCAGGAUGAGCCAUAUCAAGCACGUAGACUUGAGGAUGAACCAUUUGAAAACCGUGGUAAUUGAAAAUCUGGAGGGGAAUAAAUACAUCACUCACAUGGAUUUGCGGGACAACCAACUGACUGACUUAGAUCUUAGCUCCUUCUGUAGCUUGGAGCAGCUGCAUUGUGAGCGGAACCAGCUGAGGGAGCUGACACUCAGUGGCUUCUCCCUGCGGACUCUCUACGCCAAUUCCAACAGGCUGACAGCAGUGAAUGUCUAUCCAGUACCCAGUCUUCUCACAUCUUUAGAACUUUCCAGAAACCAGCUGGAAUGUGUCCCUGACUGGGCCUGUGAAGCAAAGAAGAUAGAAGUAUUAGAUGUGAGCUAUAAUCUUCUGACAGAGGUUCCUAUGAGAAUUCUUAGCAGCUUGAGUCUUAGGAAACUGAUGGUGGGACACAAUCACGUGCAGAACCUCCCCGUGCUUAUGGAGCACAUCCCUCUGGAGGUGUUGGACAUCCAGCAUAACCUGCUCACCAGGCUGCCGGACACCCUCUUCUCCAAGGCCUUAAACCUCAGGUACUUGAAUGCAUCCGCAAAUAGUCUGGAGUCCUUGCCAUCUGCUUCUGCAGGGGAGGAGAGCCUGAGUGCCCUGCAGCUGCUCUAUCUGACCAACAACCUCCUGACAGAUCAGUGUGUGCCUGUCCUGGUCGGGCACCCACACCUGCGAAUCUUGCAUCUUGCAAACAACCAGCUACAAACUUUUCCCGCAAGCAAACUAAAUAAAUUGGAACAAUUGGAGGAACUGAACCUAAGUGGCAACAAGCUUAAAACCAUUCCCACGACCAUAGCGAACUGCAAAAGGCUGCACACCCUUGUCGCACACUCCAACAACAUCAGCAUUUUCCCAGAAAUACUGCAGUUGCCUCAGAUCCAGUUUGUAGACCUAAGUUGCAAUGACUUGACAGAAAUCCUGAUCCCAGAGGCCCUGCCUGCUACCUUACAGGACCUUGACCUGACUGGAAAUACAAACCUGGUUCUGGAACACAAGACGCUGGACACAUUUAGCCAUAUCACAACCCUGAAAAUUGAUCAGAAACCUUUGCCAACCACGGAUCCUACAGUUACAUCAACUUUCUGGAGCCAUGGACUGGCUGAGAUGGCAGGGCAGAGGAACAAGCUGUGUGUAUCUUCGCUAGCUGUGGAUACCUUUGCAGAGGGCGUGGGAGCGGUAUACGGCAUGUUUGAUGGGGACCGGAAUGAGGAGCUUCCCCGCCUCCUGCAGUGCACGAUGGCGGACGUGCUUCUGGAGGAGGUCCAGCAGUCAUCCAGUGACACCGUUUCCAUGGCUCACACCUUCUUGGUAUCUCACAGGAAAUUAGGGAUGGCUGGUCAGAAGCUGGGCUCCUCUGCUCUUCUUUGUUACAUCCGCCCUGACACUGCCGAUUCAACAAGUAGUUUUAGCUUGACGGUGGCCAACGUGGGCACGUGCCAAGCAGUCUUGUGUCGAGGUGGGAAACCAGUUCCCCUCUCUAAAGUCUUCAGCCUGGAACAGGAUGCGGACGAGGCCCAGAGAGUGAAGGACCAAAAAGCCAUCAUAACAGAGGAUAACAAAGUGAAUGGGGUAACCUGCUGCACCCGGAUGCUGGGCUGUACAUACCUCUACCCUUGGAUCCUCCCCAAGCCCUACAUCUCUUCCACUACACUUACCAUUCAGGACGAGUUGCUGAUUCUGGGAAACAAAGCAUUGUGGGAACACUUGUCAUAUACAGAAGCUGUCAGUGCAGUGCGUCACGUACAAGACCCAUUAGCAGCUGCCAAGAAGCUGUGCACAUUAGCCCAGAGCUACGGUUGUCAGGACAAUGUGGGGGCAAUAGUGGUUUAUUUGAACAUUGGGGAGGAAGGCUGCACUUGUGAGAUGAAUGGGCUCAGCCUCCCAGGUCCUGUGGGAUUUGCUCCGACCACCACCAUCAAGGACCCUCUCAAACCAACCACUCCUUCCUCCAGCAGUGGGAUCGCCUCUGAGUUCAGCAGUGAGAUGUCCACGUCAGAGGUGAGCAGUGAGGUGGGAUCCACUGCUUCUGAUGAACAUAACACUGCUGGCCUGGAUGCCAGCUUGCUCCCACGGCCAGAGAGGCGCUGCAGCCUCCAUCCCACCCCCACCUCUGCGGUGUUUCAGCGCCAGCCUUCAUGUGCGACUUUCUCGAGUAACCAGUCUGACAAUGGCCUGGACAGUGACGAUGACCAGCCCGUUGAAGGGGUCAUAACCAAUGGCAGCAAAGUAGAGGUGGAAGUGGAUAUCCACUGCUGUCGGGGGAGGGAGAACUCGCCCACGCUCCCAAAGAAUUCUCCGGCCCCACGUCCUGAGGAGCAUGGGAGAGGAUUGUUUUUUGGGAUCCGAAGACAGAACAGUGUGAACAGUGGCAUACUUCUACCAAUGAGCAAGGACAAGAUGGAGCUACAGAAGUCUCCCUCCACCUCCUGUCUCUAUGGGAAGAAACUCUCCAAUGGCUCGAUUGUACCCCUGGAAGACAGCCUGAACCUCAUCGAAGUGGCCACAGAAGCACCCAAGAAGAAAACGGGCUAUUUUGCUGCCCCCACUCAGCUGGAGCCAGAGGAUCAGUUUGUUGUGCCUCGUGACCUGGAAGAAGAAGUGAAGGAGCAAAUGAAGCAACACCAGGAAAGCAGGCCCGAGCCUGAGCUGAUUGAAGAGGAUCGGACCGAGCUCCCUGAGGAGUUUGACACAGCACUGUAAUCCUCCCCAGCAGCUCAGUGUUAGGGAAGGCUGUGUGGGGUCAGGGUCGGGGGCCCUUCCAGAGGCAUUUUGCCUCUGCAUUUCUAAACCAUAGAUGAGGGGGGUAGAACUUGGAGCCAAAAAUGGUGAGAGCUAUCAGGGUCUUCUCUGGAUAAGCUAGUAAACACCAUCAGUGUUAAGUUUCACAUUUAACCUGCACUGGGAUUCCCAGAGCUACUGGGAAGAAAGCAGAUGUUGCUCUGUAUCAGUCCUGCCACCUGCCAUUAACCCUUUUCUCUCCUAGGAUAAUUUUGAGAAUUUGCCUGCCUGGGUAGGAAAGGGACUAUUUCUGUGGAGGAAAAUAACUGAAGAUGAUUCCCUUUACUGAUUGCUGCUGAUGGAUCUCUAUGACAGAGGAAUCACCUUAUAUCUCAACCUAACUGAUGGGAUGGGAUGUGACUAGUCACAUGACUUUUCAUUCUUCUCUACGAGAAUACAGCCUAUCAAAAUGAUGUUUAUUGGAAAUGUAGAACCAAUCAAACAGAUAAUUUAUGUAUGUAAUGUAACGAGAGCACUUUUCAUUGACUGUGAACUUUUUAUUUUCGAAUCUGCACUCGAGCCAAUCUUCUUAGAGGCAGCCCAGCACCUUCUUCUCCAUAGGUAGAAUGAGCAUCAGGUGUUGGAGCCUUGCAUGAGGGUACUAGGCAGGGUCCUGGGAAAUUGAUUUAAUUGUUGGAUGUCAGACUGUGAAAGCUCCUGAGAAGCUUGUGGGGAUGAAUAUGGGAAAGAAGUGAAGACUAAGACUACUUCCCCCAAAUCACACAAAAAGAAAAAAGCUAUUGAUGAAUGUGACACCUGCUAGGAGUUUCCCAGCAGGUCACAAGAGGGGCAUUUGGGGAUUGGCCUCUUUCAUAACACCUGAUGGAGUGGCAGUCAGCCUCCAGUAUGUAGGGCCAAGGCUGAUGCUGCUCACAUCCAAGUAACCGUGAGUUACAGCAGAUGACCCGGAACAGAGGAUGGGUGGAGCUCAGGCGUUAGGUUCCUUCUCUUACUCUAGCUUAGGGAUGGUUUUCUAAAAUGUUGCAGGUGAGUGGAGAGUUCACCUCUUUAGUGUUUAACAGAGUACUGAAAACUGCUUAUCCACGUCACAUGGUUCGAGAAUACUGGGUUUAAUUACUAAUACAAGAAAGAAUUUAAAAAUCCUAAGCUCACAGAAAACCUGGUUUACUGUAUUUUUUGCACAUUCCAUGUAACCCUAGCAAAAUGCAGUUCCUUCCAUAUUUCUGUUCUUUUGCCUUUUCCAUUAGAAGAUUUACUUAGGAAAAUGAAUUUCUAUUUAUUCUUACAAAAUUUUGACACUGCUUGAUUUUACCCAGUGGGGACUAUGCUUUGAAUGAUUUCUAGAAUACUUUCACAAUUAAAAAGAAAGCAGAGUGGAACCAUUUUUAAUUUGUUUCAUGAGCAAUAAUGUUAAAGAUAGGGUUGAAAUAUACGUAAGUAGGGUCCUAUCCACAAAUGGUUGGUCAUCAUGUAUCUUUACCCUUUCAGAGGCCCCAUACCCACAGGCGUGUUUUGGUGGGGUACAUACACUCUUGGGGGAUUCCAUACCACUUCAAUGACUAAGUUCAACCCCUCAAGAAUCUGAAUUUGGCUCCCCAAAUUUUCAGGAAUACUUGACUUCCCUGUGUCAAACUACUGGUCAGCUACUGCAGAAUUUUAGAACUCAGGUCUUGAUGUGAAGUGGGGAACACAGUAGUUCAUACAAAGUUUAGGUGCUGUUAGAAAGAUGGGAACAAUAGUGUGUUGCUGCCUUAUUUUUAUAUAUGAAAAUGAAAAAAUAAAGUGAAGGGAAAAUGAAAAUGAAGGAAAUACCCAAGAUAAUAGUGAUGGGUGAUGUAAAACAGCUUUCUACCCAGACAGCAGAAGCUCUGAGUUAUAGAAUAGUGAUGUUGUCUAGAAGAGAAAGUUGUUUUGGGAAUAUACCACUUUAAUAGUAUAGUCUCUUAAAAAUUGUCCUUUAUCUGUGAACCUUCUUCUUGUCUUCUCUUUGUUACCCACCCUUAAUGGAACCAUCAUGAAACCCACUUCUGAAAUGGCUUUUCCAGAAGUUAAAUACAUUUAGUUUCAGUCAGAAGAAUUCCGAAGUUCCAGAUGUUCUGUGUGGUAGAUUUAUUUUCAGGAAAUAUUAAGUUGUGUUGGAUAUCUUUAAUAUAGGCUAUACCAAAACUAUUUAUUCUUUUUUGUAACUUCCUUUAGUUCAUUUUUUUCUAUAAUUGCUCUGUAUUAACACAGAGGGUAAAAAGGCCAUAGCCCAUUACCAAAAAUAUACAGAAUCUUCUGUGAGGUCGUUUGCAGUCAUUGUGUGAACCGAUUAGACUGUCAGGUGGUGAAAGACAGUAAUCUGUCUCCAGGUGAAUGUAACCUACUUCCUAGGACUUUACCCAGAGGAUGUGUUCCCCAGGUGGGCAGAGAACCAUUGAUCUCUAGUCCAGAGAUCCUGGCCUCUGCAUGAUUCUCAGGUUUCCGUGUGUACCUCCCAUUUAAUAGAAAAGUUUAAGAGAAUUUCUGAAAAUAACACCACUCCUGCUGAUGGGAGCAGUUCAGCAGUCCUAUGGAAGAAAGAAAAAUACACGCGUCUUGGCAGCCAUGGUAUUCUUCCUUUUAUCCACAUGAAUCGGGAAUAUAUGUGAACAUUUGAAUGCUGGUAUAUCAGAGCUACCGUGCUACCAUAGAGUCAUUGAAUUACCACUCCUAAUGCAAGUGAAGGUUUUAUUAUACUACUGUGAGUGUGAGUGUGCGUGCAAUACAUUUGUGAGUUCCUCUUCCUGGUGUGUAGAAGAGCCAACACGAGCAGCGUGGUAAUCAUUGGGUGCUAUUGUAAUUGUUUGUAGCGAGUGCUAUUUUUCAGGAGAUGGAGCCAGUUAGUUAGGUUUGGCUGAUCUACUGACUAUCAUGUGAUGCUCUUCUUCCCAUGUAGACCUUCAGCAAAAGCAGGUACUUGGAAGCCACAGGCUCACCUUCUCUCUCUACUCAAUAAUUAUUAAUGAAGAGACCUCCAUAAGGGAGCACUUGGCUGUUAUCAAUAAAUGUACCAAUUAUUAAACAGUCUCCAAGCCAUUCAGUGAUGUCUGCAGCAUCACGACAGAACUGUCCUGUGUCACUUUUUACUUCCCUCUGGGUGGGGCCUUUUAGAUUCCCCAAUCAUGGAGGCAAGUUAAUCUUUCUCUCCAGGUAGUGACUUUUGCCCCAUAGCUGGGUAAGCACUUCCUAGAUUGAGAAAAGCAGCUACAGUAAAUCCUGCUCUGUUUCCCUCAUUUGGUGAUCAUUCAAAUCACACAUAAGCUCCCUGUACUCUAAUUUUCAUGCACUUCUCCCAGACACUAUGGGUUUUCUCUCACUGUUGCCAAUGGACGUCACCCAAACAGUGAGUUCCUAUCUUACGGUUUUGUGCAAUCAUCGUCGUAUUGUAGUCCUAAGACUCAUUAUAGUGUAUUUUUGAUAUUUUUGAAAUGUGUUAAAUUUUUUAAUUCAAUAAUAUGAGCCAGAGCAUGUUGCAGCAAAUCUAUUAUUUGUAAAAAAUAACAAUAACAACAAUAAUAAAUAAAAUAAAAUGGAAUAUCUU